GCAGCCAGCAGCAAAUCAGUUCUGUCAACAGGACUUAUAUAUAUGCAUCGCCAAAGACCUACUUCACCUCUCAGAAUACACUACUCACAACAUCAUAACCAUCAAUAAGUAUUCACCAGCGACUCUCUGGUUUAUUUUGUGCUGACCAAACGAAAUCAAGCUACCCUAAAGCUCAGACUUUACCAUGACCGAAACCGUCCUUGUCUUUGGUGCCACAGGCAACAUUGGCGUAGCAGUCAUUAUCGGUGCUCUGCGCGCUAAGCGCCAUGUCAUCGCCGUUGUGCGCAGUCAAGCCAGUGCCGAGAAGAUGUUCAAGUACGUCGGCAGUCGCGACAACAUCACCGUGGUUGAAGCCGAUCCUACUUCUGAGGACUCUCUCCGAGGAGUUGUCGACCAAGUUCGGGCUGGCAAACUCCCUGCCUUUCAGCAUGUUUGGGCCUCGCCUGGUGGACUCUACUGGGAGACUCCAAUUUUGGAGAUUGACCCAGCGGCUCUUCGCGAGGUUCUCAAUGUCAACUUCGAGUCGUACUUCUAUGCUUAUCGCGUGACAGUACCAUACUUGCUUGAGCAAGGGUUUGCUGGCAGCACUUGGACCUUAUGUACAGGUGCUCAAGGCGACUAUGGUUUCCGCGCUGCUCCCGCAGUGACGCAAGGUGCGCUUUUCAGCUUCGCCAUUGCUGCGUCUCGGGAGAAUGAAAAGACAAACAUCCGCUUUAACGAGGUCUACCUCGCUUACCGGGUUCAAUUCGAAGUCGACGAGGAAACCAGAAAGGCUUGGGCUGGAGCUCACGUGACCACUUGCGACGAGUUUGCUCCGUUGUACCAGCAGCUUCUGGAUAGAGAGGAUAUCACGGGCAGCAGAGUCAAGGCUAUCACUCCGAAGGAUGUUCUCCAACUCUCUGUCGAAAAGAGAUACAAGGCCUGAUCAUAUGCCCGAGAAUCUCAAAUUUCCACAUUCAGGGAAACCGAGGACUAAGCUUUGCAGAUGACGCAUGAUAUUGGAGUUCGAUGAUGUAUUGGAACGCCGCCUAAAUCGUGAUGUAUGCGAAGCAUUUCUUGUGGCUCUCGUGUGAAAGGUACAAGAUCAAAUGCUCCAGACAAAAUGAUUGGCAAAUUGUUGGCUAUUGCUGUGAUUCCAUUAACUAGCUAUAUACUCUCCGAGACCGGGCUGGAUCCGAUAUUUCGGUUUCGUAUCUGGCACACAAGCUCACGAUAACCAGAGCCUUAAAGAGUUUACAAGACUUGAGUUAUCGGUGCCCCGCUAUGUG